CACAACAAACGUUCAUCUGACAACAACUAUAAUAAAAAUAAAACAAUUAUUUAGGUUAAAAGUAAAUUUACAACGACUAACAAUUUCUUAAACUCACACAUGAUUGAAAACCUCUUUUGAAUUAUGACAAUCACAAAAUUCUUAGUGAUUAUGACUUUAUGUGGAAUCCUUAAGGAAACAGAGGGUUACGACUACUGUACGGUGAAAGGUUGCCAACCGAGAGAACACACUAUGUGCAAGUAUCCCGCUAAUAAGCCCGACUGCAAGGUGGCGAGGUUGGGGCUGGACGUCGAACAUCGGAAGGAGCUUCUGAAAGUACACAAUGAGUUGAGGCAGAAAGUGGCCCAAGGGAAGGAAGAAGGCCAGCCACCGGCCGCUAAUAUGAUGAAGCUGAGCUGGAACAACGAAGCGGAGGACAUCGCUCAGAGGUGGGCUGAGCGGUGCACAUUUGCCCAUGACAAGUGUAGAACUAUGAAGGAUGGAACGCGCGCAGGACAGAACUUAGCAAAAGCAUCCAUAAACUCAGAAGUAGACACCAUUUCAAAGAUUGUAGUGAAGUGCAUCGGAAGUUUUUACAGUGAAGUGGAGUUUAUGGAUCCCGCCGUUGUCGCCAGCUUCCAAGGCACUACUGGUAAAGAUGGCAAGGACAUCGGGCACUACACUGCUCUCGUCAGUUCCAACACCACGCAAGUGGGCUGUGGCUUCGUACAAAAAAAAGAAAUUUAUUCCAAUAAAUUCCAGGACAUUUUCUUAGUUUGCAACUACGUGCCUACAGGGAAUUUGUUAUACAUGCCCCUCUACAAAGAGGGGCCGGCUUGCAGCGAAUGCCCCAGUGGAUCCAGGUGCAGCGAAAGGUACCCAGGGCUUUGUACUAACGAGAAAAACGAAUAUGAAGAUAUACCCAAACGACCCAAACGAGCCCAAGCGAUAAGCCUGCAUCCAUCUUGGUCUCUUCUAGUUGUCCUGUUCUUCAUACAAACAUACUAAGCUCUAUCAAAUAUGAUCGUCUCAUAUAUUUUUAAAUUCCACUUUUUGUGACAUACUUUUAGAUCUCAAUAUUGUUAGAUCUCAAUAAAUGUAAAAGUAUUAGUAUUAUCAAUAAAAUUGCUCUACUUUUGAGGUUUGAAGGUGAA